CAGUUCGACUUGGACGGGCAACGCGUGAGCACGCAAUCAACGGGCGCGUUCUAUGGUGACAUAUGUAGGCAUGUGAAUUGGGAAAAUAUUAUUGAAUUUACUUCAAAAAUUAUUUUAAUCAAAAAGAUAGCACGGGAAGUGGAAAAAUUGCUGAAUAAAAUUUAGUAAAAAAUUUAAAGUGUAAAAAUGGAAGUGACGACAACAGCGCAUUAUCUUUACGAUACUAGCACCCCCAGCUUUGCUGACGAUAUAACCGACUUCACUGAUACCCCUUACGCCGACUUGGCGGCAGUUACGUCAAACAACGUAGUCGACCGGCUGCUUCACUCUGGCGAACAGUUGACACACAACCAAAUCACCUUCGAGAUACCAUCGCAUCACGAUCUCGAGCACAUCAACACGUUGCACACGUUCAAUACGCUGCUACAGCGCAUCGGCAAUGUGGCAUACGACACUGUUGCUUCCGCCAACGCACAGGCACAUAGCAGGCAGGCAACAGAGGAGCAGGCGCUACGCCCGCUUGGCGUGGAUGCGACUGGCCACCGCAUUACCAGCGAACAAAUCUCAAGGAGUGCUGUGUUGAACAUGGCCGACCUGAAGCGUGGGGUCGGUGAUGUGGGUGGUAGCUUCUCAGAACGUGUUUUUGGCGAUGCCGAUAUGCAUACGGUCAUCAAUUAUUUAUGGAUUGGUGUUGUCACUGCGUUGGUGGUGCUGUCCGUGAUUUUCAUUGUGUUCUCCUGCUACUUUUAUCGCAAAUUCCGGCAAUGGAAGAAGUGCAGUAAGUAAUAAGCGCAAAAGUGAUAAAU